UCUAUUCGAAAUUGAUGUCAUUAAAUGUUCAUUUUUGUUCUGACAUUACUUUGUGCGCUUAGUUCUGUUUUCUCUGGGUGUGGUAAGGUAAUUGAAGCACAGGGUUGCUUUAUUUAUAAAGUUACUGAUCAGUAGUUGAAAAAACUUUCUAAUUUUCCUAAAACUAAAAGUGUUUGCUGAUGCUAUUCAAGAAUUAUUCAACUAAAAAUGUCCUCCUAUGUUCAAAUUCGUUACGGUAGUAACCAGACAUUAAUUUGCAAUACUGACUGCAUUUGUAUCAAUUUACUUCAAUACAUCCGCGAAAACUGCACGAGUUUGAGAGUUGAAGAAGAACUAGAUUUGGUCGACUCCUUCGGAAGCACACAAAACUUAAAAAAAAAAUUGUACGACAGAAGUGUUCAGCUUCUAGAAAGAGGAGCAACCUACAUUCCGAUUGUGUGCAGUCCCAGGGAAGAGUCGACAGGGUCCAGAUCAGGACUCAAAAGUCCAGAGCCGAGCCCGAAUGUGUACAAAGAAAAUAAUCACUCGAUAAGGUUAUGCCUAUCGGAGCCAGUGGAAAAAAUCUUCCCUCAUUUUCAAUUCCACUCAGAAGGCGGCAAAUCCAGCCCCAAGCCUCAAAUUCGGGAAACCAGCAGUCCAGUUCCACCUAAAGUCUCUCCGACUGCCAGACGGGGCUCGUCAAAGGGUCAAGCGGGUAACAGAAGAUCUUCUAAAGUGACCACUGCUACUGUCCCUAUGAGUCAGAGAGCGAGUCCGAAGAGACAUUCAGUGUUCUAAAAC